GCUGACCACCACCCCGCGCAGGCCAUUCGCCGGUCUCUAAAAGGCGACAGAGAUUCCUCAAAAUCGCAUCAUCACCACCACCACGUCUCCAUCACGCCCAAGUCGGCUAUCGCGAUCCUGCCGCCGAAGAAGGUCAUCAAAGCCCUCUUCGAUUACGAGCCCGAACCCGGCAACCUCCAGGAAUUGGCCUUUCGCAAAGGCGAUUUCUUUCAUGUGCUGAGCCGCGAAGACGACUCAGACUGGUACGAGGCCUGUAAUCCGCUCGUCCCCAACGCCCGUGGCCUCGUGCCCGUUUCUUUCUUUGAAGUCGUGCACAAAAACGAAAAGGAUCGCCACAGUGGCGGUUCCAAGGACUCGCCCCCGCAGGAACACUACGACUCGGGUUUCGCCGAACACAGCGUCCAUCCCAGCAACAACAACAUCAACAUCAACAAUAAUAAUAUCAACAACAACAACGACAACAACCACAACGGCUACCACGAGCGUCGCGAUUCUACCAACACCACUAGGCAAGGCGCAUUGAGGAUGUCUACUGUCGGUAGAGCUGGUGGCGGCGGCGGCGCCAUGGUUUAUGGUGUUGUCCAGUAUGACUUCCGCGCCGAGCGUCCCGACGAGCUGGAAGCCAAGGCGGGGGAAGCCAUUAUUGUCAUCGCCCAGUCCAACCCAGAAUGGUUUGUCGCCAAGCCCAUUGGACGCCUGGGCGGCCCCGGUCUUAUUCCAGUUUCCUUCAUCGAGAUCAAGGACAUGUCGACGGGCAAGGCCGUGACGGAUCCGCUCGACGCGGUCAAACGGGCAGGCGUCCCUCGUGUGGAGGAAUGGAAGAAAAUGACCGCCGAGUAUAAGAAUAGUAGCAUCACGCUCGGCAAGUUGGACGCUUCUCCCGGGACGUCGUCUAUGCAGGCGCUGCCCAAUGGGAUGGAGAAAAUGUCCAUCAGUUCCAACGGAGGGCCCUAUCGCCAGAACGAGCCGCCUCGAGCCGAAAGCAGAGCAGGCUAUCCUGCUCAGCAGCAGCAACACCACCAUCAGUCUCACGCCAAACCCCCGCGAUUAGACAACGUUGAGCGCAUUCCGGUCUCGGCGUCCAUCCCACGAUACUGUUUCGACAACGAUAAAUAUUGGUAUGUGAUUGAAGCCAAGAUGGAAGACGGCACUCAUUGGGAGCUGUGUCGUUUCUACCACGACUUUUAUGACUUCCAGAUCAAUCUGCUAUCUCAGUUUGAGGACGAGGCAGGAAACAAUGGCCGGCAGCGGACCUUGCCAUACAUGCCUGGCCCGGUGACGCACGUCACGGACGCCAUUUCCAAUGGAAGACGCCAAAACCUGGACGAGUACAUCAAGAAGCUUCUGACAAUGCCGCCACACGUUGCUCGCUCUUUCCUCGUGUGUGAUCUAUUUGCUCCUCGCCAGGGCGAUUUUGAGAUUGACCCCAAUGCCGAGCCCGACCCGUAUCGCCUUUCCGGCGCCUCUCAGCAAUCUUCUGGUCAGGAUCCUUCCACCCAUUCGCGACAGUCCUCUCAGGCGCACAUGAGCGUCUCCCAAGCACAGGCGGUAUAUCCAGCUUCCAAUGCUGCUCGGGUACCCCAUCAACGCCAGCAGUCCUCCAUCUCCCAACAACCGCACUCGGCAUCCCAAUCGCGCACCGAGUUGCAGCCCCCCGCGAUGAACCGACAGGCGAGCUCGCUGACCCAGGCAUCCAACACGUCGAGCACCAACGCGAUCAAGGUCAAGGUUUUCUUCCAAGAUGACAUUAUUGCCAUUCGCGUGCCGAGCGACAUCAACUUUCAGCAGCUGCAAGACAAGUUGCGCGACCGACUCAAGGUUACUGACGAAUGGACCGUCCAGUACCGAGACGAGGCGAGCAAUAACUUUUUGGACAUGCUGAGUGACCAUGAUUUGGACACGGCGCUUCAACGAAACUCGAAAUUGACGCUCCGUGUCACUGUCACUUAUUCAACCAUGGCAAUGUCAGAUGAAGAGUAUGAGAGGGUCUUUGCGGAGUGGACUCAAGGAGGGGGCUAUUGCCCUAACGGCAACCCUGACACCGAUGGAGAGAAUACCUCCUCCACAACAGACCCACCGUCAACAAGAGACGAUAACAACACAAUACCGUACACCGUCAUCUUCGAAGCUCCAAUCAGCGAGGAAGAAACAAAGCGAAAACGAAAACUGGCCUUACGAAAGGCCUAUAUCAGAAACGUAUACAAACUACGUCGUCGACUCACCCUCCUCAGCAACGAAAAAUGGGUUGCAUGGCUACAGAGGCCCGUUUUUCGGUCGAUUUGGUCGUUGCUGUGGCGCCAGUGGCUGGGACAUCAUCAGCACUCUACAGAGAUGCUCGAGCCAUUACGGCUUAGAGCAUUCAGACUGUGCGCCACAAAUUUUGGGUUUUAUACCUCUCGGAAUUGUGUUCUUGGUCCGGACAGUGAAGGCGCCGAGCAUCUGGCGCGGUUUUUGGCCCUGGCGGUGCUGCACAACUUUGGGCCGAAUGUUCUUUCCAAAGUGGCGGUGAUUACUGAACCGCUGUAUUUGAUGUGGGCGGUCAUGCUGGUCGUUAAGCUGGCUCAUGCGCCAAUGUAUAUUGAUAUGCCGCGAGGGGGGAGGGAGCUUUUGGGUCUACCGUAUGAUCAGCUGGUCAGGCGUAUUCGACGCUGA